UUAUUAAAUUCGCCUUGGAAGAAAGUUUAUGUGUGUCGCGAAAUAAUUGUUAAAAAAUCAGAUCAUUGCGAAUACAAGUUAUAAAUUUUUAUUUGUAUUUUAACCAUAUAGAAGCGAAAUGUCGGACGGAGCAGGCAGUUGGUGUUUGAUUGAAAGUGAUCCCGGCGUAUUUACGGAACUGAUUCGUGAAUUUGGCUGUGAAGGUGUGCAAGUGGAAGAAAUCUGGAGCCUAGAUCCCGACUUGUUUAAAGACCUUGAACCUAUACAUGGCUUGAUUUUCCUAUUCAAAUGGGUCCAGGACGACGAGCCUACUGGUUCAGUCGUGAGGGACUAUCGUCUAGAUAACAUUUUCUUCGCAAAACAAGUUAUAAAUAAUGCUUGCGCUACGCAAGCCAUACUAAGCAUACUAUUGAAUUGCAAUCACGAAGAUAUAAAAUUGGGACCAACGCUUACUGAAUUCAAAGAAUUUUCGCAGUCAUUUGACCCUUUGAAUAAAGGUUUAACGCUUAGCAACGCACCGAAAAUCCGCUCCGUUCACAAUUCUUUUGCGCGACAAACCCUCUACGAGCUAGAUACGAAAAAUCAAAACAAAGAUGACGACGUUUACCAUUUUAUUGGCUACAUACCCAUAAAUGGACGUUUGUAUGAGUUGGAUGGUUUAAAAGAAGGACCGGUGGAUUUGGGCCCUGCAUCCCCUGAUCAAAAUUGGAUCGACGUCAUUCGCCCAAUUAUUGAGAAGCGCAUGCAAAAGUACAGCGAAGGAGAAAUCCAUUUUAAUCUUAUGGCUCUUGUGUCUGAUAGGUUGAAGAUAUAUCAGCAAAAAAUAGACAAGCUAAUAGCAACCACCGAUGAUGCUAUGGAGACAGACGAUGAUCGAGAGACUGAAAUAGCUAAAUUGCGUUCGAAAAUAGAACACGAGGUCGAAAAAAGGAAACGAUAUAAGAUUGAGAAUGUGCGACGUAAGCAUAACUAUUUACCAUUUAUAGUGCAGUUACUAAAAAUGUUGGGAGAACAAGGUCAGUUAGUGCCUCUAUAUGAAAAAGCGAAACAACGUGCCGUAGAGAGAGAAGCUGCCGCCUCUAAAUGCAAAUCAUAAACGUUUAACCGUACUCGGCUGCAUUUUAAACUCUUAACAUAUUGGGAUGUAUGCAUAAAACCUACGAAAUUAUUCUUCUUACAAUUUCAGAUCUUUUACUCGAUUUGUUCAAAUAAAUUUAAGCGAAAGGUAUGAAAUUUUAAGAAAAAGCAAUUGCUUAGUUUUUAUGCAUACGGCCCAUUGUGUGUGUGUUUUAACGCUACAUUCAUGCAUGUUAGUAAUAAAGCCUAGUUAUCUACUUUCUUUUAUAUGCAUAUUUCUAACGUAUUAACUACGGUGGAAGAAUUUGUACAAGCUCGUUAAUAUUUUGGCAAAAGUUUGUGGAAAUGCCAAAUAAAGCUAAAUAUCUACAAUAAAAACAAAUGUUUUAUUUAAAAAGUCCCUAACAGUAAAAUUAAUUUUAA